AUGGCAGCCGCCGGCGGAGCAGCAUUGCCAUACCACGAGCCAGAUAUCGUCACUAUCCUAAUUCUGGUCUCGUUUAUACUGUUACUUAACCUCACUGAUUAUAUCUUUGAUAAGAUUCUUUACUGUGGCCUCCUCGCGCAGUUAUUUCUCGGUAUCGGAUGGGGAACUCCCGGAGCGAAUUGGGUCGGCCGCGAAUUCGAGCAUGUCGCUGUUAACCUAGGCUAUCUGGGGCUGCUCCUCAUCGUAUACGAAGGAGGUUUGAUGACCUCUUUCAAGGCUUUGAAGGAGAACAUUCUCUUAUCGAUUGGUGUCGCCAUCACCGGUAUUGCGCUUCCAAUCUCGGCUUCCUAUAUCUUGCUCCCCCUCGUUGGGGCAACACCGCUACAGGCUUUUGCCGCGGGCGCGGCGCUAUGUUCUACGAGUUUAGGAACAACAUUCACUGUGAUGAAAGCGAGUGGCCUAAUUACCACCAAGAUGGGCAUCGUGCUGACAAGUGCGGCAAUGCUAGACGAUGUUGUUGGUCUUGUGAUGGUUCAAGUCAUCUCCAAUCUGGGAGCAUCAUCUGCGUCCUUCAGCGCGAUUACUGUCGUACGCCCCGUUUGCGUCUCAAUUGGUUUCGUGGGCGCCGUCCCACUAGCAGCCUAUUUCAUUAUCCGACCGUUCACCAUUUGGUUGAACCGUAAAAGGACAACUACCCCUACCAGUUAUAUCAACCGCGUACUAACCUGGCAAGCAACGGCUUUGCUUAUCCACACUGCGAUCCUAGUCGGCCUGAUCGCCGCAACAUCAUACGCUGGUACCUCAAACCUAUUCGCAGCUUACCUCGCCGGUGCAUCAAUUAGCUGGUGGGACACGACCCUUGAGCAUCCAACUUCUCAUGCACCCAGUGGAGAUGAUUCCACCAACCACGGCGGCCGUUCACCAUCUGUUUCGUGCGCUCCAUCUAGCACAUCUGGACUCGAGAUUUUUGAACACUUCUUCCUCCAACCACUGCAACGGAUUCUAAAGCCGCUAUUCUUCGCAUCUAUUGGCUUCUCAGUGCCUAUUAGCCGCAUGUUCACCGGCGGGGUCAUCUGGCGUGGGUUUGUUUACUCGAUAUUCAUGUUCGUCUCCAAGUUUACCUGUGGAUUUUGGCUCAUGCGCCUUCCCGGUCUGGCGUCCAGUGUCUUAAAAUCGAUGCGACGCUCUAAUACAGAGAAGAAGCCUCCAGGUGGGAACAAUAUAGGAACUGGGGCAGCAGUAGCAGCUGGUUCGAGUGUUGUCUCAGACGCUCAGCGUCCCUCCUCAGACGCCGUACCCGUCCCAAAAUCUUCUGUCAUAGCAGAGAAAAAGCAAUCGACCCGACAACAGAGCAAUCAGGGCCGUCCUCGCACGAGACCUACGGUCACUUCAACCUCAAAACCCAUUUCGCUAUACCCCGGCUGCAUCGUAGGAUGCGCCAUGGUUGCUCGUGGUGAAAUUGGGUUUCUCAUCUCUGCGCUGGCGGAAAGCAACGGUAUCUUCGGUAACGAGCCCGAUGGCCCAAUGUUCCUGGUGGUUACUUGGGCGAUAAUGAUAUGUACUAUUAUUGGCCCGUUAAUUGUCGGAGCUCUAGUAGCAAGAGUGAAGAAGAUGGAGAGUAGAGCAGCCGGAGGACCGGGCAGGAAAGACGUGUUGGGAGAAUGGGGCGUCAGCUGA